AUGAAACAUAAAAUUAUACACACAAAAUAUGGUGAUCACAUCGUCCUUGUGCACGUGCCUGAAUAUAGCAGCAUACUGUCUGCUUCUUCUCUAUUGACUGAUCCAAACAUCAUUGCUGAAAUGAUAAAAGAUACCGAAGAACGGACAAGCGAACUCGUCGACAAAUACUCGUUUAAAAUGCAACAAAAGCAGUUACACGGCCACGUGAGACAACAGUGUGGAAAGCCCGGGGAGGCGAUUUUAGAGUGUGCCAGGGAAGAGGGCGCCACCAUGUUGAUACUUGGAACUCGCGGAAUGGGAUUAAUGCGGCGGACCUUCAUGGAAAGCGUCAGUGAUUAUUGCCUCCACCACGCCUCAUUUCCCGUCCUUGUCUGCAGACAUAAACCGUUCAAAUGA